GUGACGGAGUUGGGAGCCCGGCCGACUGCAGGCGGGGGCGUUAAGGAGGCAGAUUCCUCCUCCCUCAAGCAUUGGGGGAGGGGGGGCGGGGAGGAGGGAAGCCAGACCAGCGGGCCGGGGACGGAGCUACAAAGAGAGAGAGGGCUGAGAUGGAGGGCGACGGGGUGCGGUGGGGGAGCGAGCCGGUGUCGGGUCCCGGCCCGGGGGGCGGCGGAAUGAUCCGGGACCUGUGCCGGGGCUUCGGCCGCUACCGCCGCUACCUGGGACGGCUGCGACAGAACCUGCACGAAACCCAGAAGUUCUUCCGCGACAUCAAGGGUUCCCACAGCCACAGUUGUCCCUCCUCCCCCACGGGCGAUGGCGGGGCCCAGCGCGGCCCUGCCGGCGAUGUCGCCGAGACCGGGCUGCAGGCGGGCCAGCUGAACUGCAUUUCCUUCCCACCUAAGGAAGAGAAGUACCUCCAGCAGAUUGUGGACUGCCUCCCCUGCAUCUUGAUCCUCGGCCAGGAUUGUAAUGUCAAGUGUCAGCUAUUGAACCUGCUAUUGGGGGUGCAGGUACUUCCUACCGCCAAGCUGGGCAGUGAGGAGAGCUGUAAGCUUCGGCGCCUCCGCUUCACCUAUGGGACUCAGACUCGGGUCAGCCUGGCGCUUCCUGGCCAGUAUGAACUAGUCCACACGCUGGUUGCUCACCAGGGCACCUGGGAGACCAUCCCUGAGGAGGACCUGGAGGUCCAAGAGGACAGUGAGGACGCUGCCCAUGUUUUAGCCGAACUGGAGGUGACGAUGCACCAUACCCUCUUACAGGAGGUGGACGUUGUGGUGGCACCAUGCCAAGGCCUCCGGCCCACAGUGGAUGUGUUGGGCGACGUGGUGAAUGAUUUCUUGCCUGUGAUAACCUAUGCGCUUCACAAAGAUGAACUCUCUGAGAGGGAGGAGCAAGAGCUUCAGGAAAUCCGGGAGUAUUUCUCCUUUCCCAUAUUCUUUUUCAAAGUGCCGAAGCUGGGCUCAGAGAUAUUUGACUCCUCCACCAGAAGAAUGGAGAGUGAAAGAUCACCACUUCAUCGCCAGCUAAUUGACCUGGGCUAUCUGAGCAUCAGUCACUGUAACUGUGGGGCCCCCGGCCAGGACACUAAAGCUCAGAGCAUGUUGGUGGAACAAAGUGAGAAGCUAAGACACUUGAGCACCUUUUGUCACCAGGUGCUGCAGGCUCGCCUGGUGGACGCAGCCAGGGCCCUGAACCUGGUACAUUGCUGCUGCCUCGACAUCUGUAUUAACCAGGCCUUUGACAUGCAGCGGGACCUGCAGAUUACUCCCAAGCGCCUGGAAUAUACGCGGAAAAUGGAGAAUGAGUUGUAUGAAUCACUGAUGAAUAUUGCCAACCGAAAGCAGGAGGAAAUGAAGGACAUGAUUGUUGAGACGCUCACCACCAUGAAGGAGGAGCUGCUGGACGACGCCGCCAACAUGGAGUUUAAAGAUGUCAUUGUCCCUGAGAAUGGGGAACCAGUGGGCACCAGAGAGAUCAAAUGCUGCAUCCGACAGAUCCAAGAACUCAUCAUCUCCCGGCUGAAUCAGGCGGUGGCUAACAAGCUCAUCAGCUCGGUGGAUUACCUACGGGAGAGCUUUGUCGGAACCCUGGAACGGUGUCUGCAGAGCCUGGAGAAGUCUCAGGAUGUUUCAGUUCACAUCACCAGUAAUAAUCUCAAACAGAUCUUAAAUGCUGCCUAUCAUGUCGAAGUCACAUUUCACUCAGGGUCCUCGGUUACAAGAAUGCUGUGGGAGCAAAUCAAGCAGAUCAUUCAGCGCAUCACAUGGGUGAGUCCACCUGCCAUCACACUAGAAUGGAAGAGGAAGGUGGCCCAGGAAGCCAUUGAGAGCCUUAGUGCCUCCAAGUUGGCCAAAAGCAUUUGCAGCCAGUUCCGGACCCGGCUCAAUAGUUCUCAUGAGGCCUUUGCAGCCUCAUUGCGGCAGCUGGAAGCUGGCCACUCAGGCAGGUUGGAGAAAACUGAAGAUCUGUGGCUGAAGGUUCGGAAAGAUCACGCCCCCCGCCUGGCCCGCCUUUCUCUGGAGAGCCGUUCUUUACAGGAUGUCUUGCUGCAUCGUAAACCUAAACUGGGACAGGAACUGGGCCGGGGCCAGUACGGUGUGGUGUACCUGUGUGACAACUGGGGGGGACACUUCCCGUGUGCCCUCAAGUCAGUUGUUCCUCCAGAUGAGAAGCACUGGAAUGACCUGGCUUUGGAGUUUCACUACAUGAGGUCUCUGCCAAAGCAUGAGCGACUGGUGGAUCUCCAUGGUUCCGUCAUCGACUACAACUACGGUGGUGGCUCCAGCAUUGCCGUGCUGCUCAUUAUGGAGCGACUACACCGGGACCUCUACACUGGGCUGAAGGCUGGGCUGACCCUGGAGACACGUUUGCAGAUAGCACUAGAUGUGGUGGAAGGAAUCCGCUUCCUGCACAGCCAGGGACUUGUCCACCGUGAUAUCAAACUGAAAAACGUGCUGCUGGACAAGCAGAACCGUGCCAAGAUCACUGACUUAGGAUUCUGCAAGCCAGAGGCCAUGAUGUCAGGCAGCAUUGUGGGGACACCAAUCCAUAUGGCCCCUGAACUUUUCACAGGGAAGUAUGAUAAUUCCGUGGAUGUCUACGCUUUUGGCAUUCUUUUCUGGUAUAUCUGCUCAGGCUCUAUCAAGCUCCCUGAGGCAUUUGAGAGGUGUGCCAGCAAAGACCAUCUCUGGAACAAUGUGCGGAGAGGGGUCCGCCCAGAACGUCUUCCUGUGUUUGAUGAGGAGUGCUGGCAGCUGAUGGAAGCCUGUUGGGAUGGCGACCCCUCUCAGAGACCUCUCUUGGGCAUUGUCCAGCCCAUGCUCCAGGGCAUCAUGGACCGGCUAUGCAAGUCACAUUCUGAGCAGCCCAACAGAGGACUGGAUGAUUCUACUUGAAAGCAAAGACCUUUCUCUUUCACUCUCUUAUUUCUUUCUGUCCCCUCACCUUUUGGCCUUGGGAAAAAUUUGACAGUUGUUCAUUACAGAGAGCUCCUGAGGGGAUUGAUGCUUGCUGGGCAGCUUGAGACCUCUAUGGGCAGAGAUGACUCCUGGGUGGCUGAGCAUAUUCAUCAGUUCACUGAUGUCCCCAAGCUGUCCCUUUAGCAAAAGAUUGUCUAGGACAUUGGUAAAAGCUGGAGAAGGCAACGUUCUGGCCUCAGAACUGAAAUGGAGGCAAAUGUUACCAUUGUCUGUUCACUGUAUGUUUAUAAGGCAAAUGGGACACUACAGUGGCAAUAGUAUUAAUAACUAUAAUUUUUGUAAUUUUGGCUCUAGCUAGGAAUAGUUUGGUUCUAUCCAAUCAUCAGGACCCUUAGAAAAUUUGAGCUUGGUUCUGGGACUGUGAAAACAUAAGAGCAAAAAAAUAAUUUGUGGAUAUCUGGUUCCUGCUAUCUGCACCCAGAGUUCUCAGGUUGCAACAGCUGGAGGCCCCAGUGAUGAAGCUAGAAACAAAGCUAUCUGUUCCUUACAGUGCCAGUGUGUUUACAUUUAUAGGACCACAUAGCCCUGACUUCUGGUGGAGGGUUUCAUGGUUACAUCACUAAGAGGCUACAAAAAGAAAAAGUGUGUGUGCGUGUGUAUAUGCUACUGGAUUUCAAGUUAUUGCUACCCCUAGAGCAGAAUCUCUUCUGUCCUAGGGUCACGAUUCUUUUUUUUUUUUUUUUUUUUUUUUUUUUUUGUCUUUUUGGUUUCAAGCUAGGGAAGCUCCAGUUAACAUGGCACUUAGGGGUGAGUGUCUAGUAAAAGUGACCCAUUGUGAAGUAUUUGGUGAAGCUGAGAAGUGGGCAAUGAUCUGAGCCCUUGGACCUCCAUACAAACCCACUAGAACGAUACCAACUUGUUUUUUUAAAACAAAAAAAUCCAACUCUUCUUUUUGUGUUUGAAUCUAAAACACUGAUGCUUUUAAACUUGAUCAGUGGGCUUUUUAACCAAGGUUUCUUCUGCAACUUGUUCCUUCUUUUUACGUUAUUUUAAAUAUGUUAGAAGAAAAGAACCAGAUGAAAGAGAAGAACACUGUAGUUCUGUGUGUGCCCCUCACCCCUGUGUGUUAGGAUCUGGGAGGGGUCCCCUCCUUCGUAGUUGUGAAGUGGGUUGGUGGUCUUUUGGAGAGUUUGCCAUGAAGUUGUACAUAAGAGAAAUUCGGAUGCCAGUCAAAGGCAGGGGAACAAUUUAAACAUAGAUGCAUCACAGAUCUUGACUUCAUGCUUUCUUCAACCAAAAUGGUCCAAUAGACUUCGAAAAGCAUGUAGGUGAAGGAAUAGACAGUGGUGAGCACUGUGGUCUGUCCCCUCUGCCUAGCUCCAAACCAUGUGAAACAGGUACCUAAGUAGGUGUUUUAAGAUAAUGGGCAGAUUUGCUGCUGUAAUUUCCUAGGGUUCUUUAUGACAAUGACCAUCUCUUGAACAUUAACGGUGUAAAUUGGGAGUCUUCAAGAAAUGUUUCAUACAACUUUUAAAGUUCAGUUUUUAACUCUGGCUGUCCUGGGCUCUGAUUGUGAUCUGUUUGAGCGUAGUAGGCCCCUGAGCACUUACAUCCCGUCAGGAACACCAUGUAGCACUAAAAACCUUUUUACUUGCAAAUGAUAAAGUGAUUGAUGCAGUCUGUUUGGGUUCUAGAGGCACCAGCCUUGUUUUGGUAGGAUGUUCAGUGUAUCUCUUAGAAUUUUUAACACCUAUUUAGCUUUAUUUCAAGUCACUCUAUUCUUGUCAGUGUUUACUCAUUGCCCCUCUGGGGGCUAUGACGGGCCUUCCAAGAAGCCAGGUUUCCAGUUUAAAAAGAAGAGGUAAGCAGUCUCCACUUGCUAAAUAGUCUGUGUAAGUCUAGUUCUGUAUGAUAUUUCCAGAAAGCUUUUAUAUAGUUCCCUUUUCCAGACUGUUUUCUUUUAACUCGAGCUGUAAUCAGGAGUCUGUGUUCUCAUUAUGGAGACCCCAUUCCUAACGUUCGUUGGAAGUCUUACUUCUUACCGCCAUUCACACAUGGGAGGUUAGUUUUUUUUCUCCACCCAGAGUCCCUUUUCAGUUUAUCCCUUGUUGCUUAGUCUAUUCUCAGACACCAAUUUUCUAGCACUGUCUCCACAUUUUUCGCCUGAGUGGGGAGGGAGAAAAGGAGCAGCUAAUGGACGAGUAGCUGUCUUACGGUUCUUUAAAAAAGUAUUUCGAGAAAAUGUGUGAAAUAUUCCUGAAAGUCUCCAGGCCAGCCAAAGCCCGUAUGUAGACAUUUGGAGGUAUAUUUAGACACUCAGCAGGCUGAGUGCAGGAAUACAUUGUACAUGUAUAAUACGUGUAUACUUUGCUUUUGUUCUAUAACAUUGUCAGCUAAUUUUGGAUUAUUUGUUCUUUGGCACCCAUUAUUUUUAAAGUGGUGGAAUGCCAUGAAAUGUACUGUACUGUAUAUUACUUGGGAAGACACUAGGUAUUCAAAGAAGUCUGGUGGCACUUGGGCUGUCAAGGGCUCAGCAAGACCAAAGUCUGAAGAUUUUACCUCCUAGCUUUGGCUAUAUGUGCUCCCAAGUGGUGAGGUGAUUGUGGCUGAGGGAGGAAGAAGGAUGUGAUGAGAGAACUACCCUUACUAUGUUCUGUCCUUCUAAUCAACUUAAUUAGGGCAAUUUACCCCCGCCCCCAAAUGAUCACCUGGCCAUUUUUAAUGCACGUGAAGUCUGAUCACUUACGUUGCUUCAGGACUGAGUGAGGGUCCUUCCUGCAGAGCAAUUAGAAUAAAUGGUGGAGUGGCUGAUCCUGUGCCUAGGGAGCCAGCCAUGGGUUGCGGAAUGUUCGUUUGGCCAAAGUUUCCACAGGUGUGCUCUAGUUCCCAUGAUCCUCUACAGAGAGAAGCUCAUGAUUGAGCAAGUCUUUCACUUCUCUGGGAAGGAGGGCUGUGGUGGUUCUUCCCAGACCAAAGAGAGUCGCUUAUGACUCUGUCAGUUUUAGGGGGACCGAGCCUAGGCAGCAGCUUUUCCUAAUUUUUAACACUAAAAUUCAAGGAAACAGUGAAGGAAAGGAUACAAUACUAUCACAGAUAGAAAGAGGGGAAUGGUAGAACUUUCAACUAGUAUCUGUCAGCUCUCCAGUGCAUUUUUUGCAUCUUUGCUUAAGCUGCCAAAGGUGUUGGAAAAUAUUUUUUCUUAUGGGAGAAAUGGUUUGGAGUGGCAGGGCUACAACAUGAUAACUGCACUGAACGACACUUUAUUUUUUGGUCCAUUAUUCAGCACUGAGAAGCCAAGGGGGAUUGGUGGUGACAGUAGUACGUGGCGGAAUAGACUCCCUCUGGACUUGCUUUGGCCAGAAGGAUGCUUGAUGUUCCGUCUGGCCAAUAGGGAACCUCCAAAGUCCACACUGCAUGAGAGCAGGCUAAGCGGCCCUCCAAGAGCCCACUGCCAAAAGAGGAGUUGCUUUCUUUGAGAUUUCAAAGCUUGAUUUUUGAAUUUGCUUGAUCAAAUAACCCAAUUUCUCUUUAAAAGGAAAAAAAAGGUUUAUCCUAAAUGUGGAGGUGGGGUGGGUUAGGGCUAGUGCAGAUGUUAAAGUGGGUAAGGGGGCGUAACCUUGAGAAACUUAUAUUGCAAACUCCCUUGGGGGUUUCAGGUAGCACUACUGUUCUUAAAAGGGUUUUAUUUUUUACUUCAUUUGCUUUGUUAACAUCCAGACCAAUUGAGAUGAGGUAGAGACUAGUAUAUUUGGACAUCUGGCACUGGCGAGGCCGUCCUCCCCAGACAGUUGGAAAGAAAAUUGGUCUGGACAGCUUGUUGUCUUUUGUCUUUAUGUAAUGUUUUUGUUUGUUUUAAAGCACUAAUGUUUAUUACAGUGUUAAAUAAAAGUGUAACAUACUAAGUGUGUAGAAUGAAAGUGCAAUAACGAGAAAUUAGCACAAACUUCAGUCCUUACACUCUCUCUCUUCUUGUGUUGUCUCUUUCCAUUUGUUACAUUUCCACAUUGUUACAGCAGGACCGUGUUAAUUGUGUGUAUUUUAAAGAGAUACAACUAUGGGUUAAGUCUUAAUUUAGUGUAAUUUUGAAGGGUUGGUUUUGGUUUUAUAGAGUAUUCUGUCUACUUGUUGGGAUGCACAAAUACCAGCUGUGCUGUAUAAUAAAGGUCACAUUAAUGUGUCA